AUGCCGUUUGGCAACACCCACAACAAGUUCAAGCUGAACUACAAGCCUGAGGAGGAGUACCCCGACCUCAGCAAGCACAACAACCACAUGGCCAAGGUGCUGACCCCUGACCUCUACAAAAAGCUGAGGGACAAAGAGACACCAUCUGGCUUCACCCUGGACGAUGUCAUCCAGACGGGUGUGGACAACCCAGGUCACCCUUUCAUCAUGACUGUGGGCUGUGUGGCCGGAGAUGAGGAGUCCUACACUGUUUUCAAGGACCUCUUCGACCCCAUCAUCCAGGACCGACACGGAGGCUACAAACCCACCGACAAGCACAAGACUGACCUCAACCACGAGAACCUCAAGGGCGGAGAUGAUCUGGACCCCAACUAUGUGCUCAGCAGCCGUGUCCGCACAGGACGCAGCAUCAAGGGGUACACUCUGCCCCCCCACUGCUCCCGUGGGGAGCGCAGGGCCGUGGAGAAACUCUCUGUGGAAGCUCUCAACAGCCUGACGGGCGAGUUCAAGGGCAAAUACUACCCGCUGAAGAGCAUGACCGAGCAAGAGCAGCAGCAGCUCAUCGAUGACCACUUCCUGUUCGACAAGCCCGUGUCCCCCCUGCUGCUGGCCUCAGGCAUGGCCCGUGACUGGCCCGACGCCCGUGGCAUCUGGCAUAAUGACAACAAGAGCUUCCUGGUGUGGGUGAACGAGGAGGACCACCUCCGCGUCAUCUCCAUGGAGAAGGGGGGGAACAUGAAGGAGGUUUUCCGCCGCUUCUGUGUGGGGCUGCAGAAGAUUGAGGAGAUCUUCAAGAAAGCUGGGCACCCCUUCAUGUGGAACGAGCAUCUGGGCUACGUGCUCACCUGCCCCUCCAACCUGGGCACCGGCCUCCGUGGGGGCGUGCAUGUGAAGCUCGCGCACCUGAGCAAGCACCCCAAAUUCGAGGAGAUCCUCACCCGUCUGCGCCUGCAGAAGCGGGGCACAGGUGGUGUGGACACUGCCGCCGUGGGCGCAGUGUUCGACGUGUCCAACGCAGAUCGGCUGGGCUCCUCCGAAGUAGAACAGGUGCAGCUCGUGGUCGAUGGUGUGAAGCUCAUGGUGGAGAUGGAGAAGAAGCUGGAGAAGGGCGGAUCCAUUGACGACAUGAUCCCCGCCCAGAAGUAG